AUGGUUCACUCGCGCUGCAUUGCCAAUUGCGUCUUGCUGACCCUCACGCUGCCCUCCCAGUCGGCAAUUCAGGCCGCGGGCGCCGCUUGCCUGGAGCUGGACGAGCUGCACGGGCUCUCGCUCGUGCAGACCUUCACGGUGCACCAGCGGGAUGGACAGCGCCACGGGCUGGAUGCCGAGGCCAGGGCGAACCUCUCCGAGCUGCUGCGGGGGCACGCACGGUUCCAAGAGAAAGGCGGCGACCCCGUUAUCGAGCAGAACCCGCAGCUGGAGCGCUUCGGCAUGCCCGGCGACCUCGACGACAGGUUCUCCCUGCCCACGGAGCUGCCCCCCAACGACGAGUACCGAAGGCUCGAGCUCGCUCGCCUCGAGACCGCGAUCAUGAGCGGGAUCACGAGGACCAAGACGGAGGCCCAGAUGGAGGCCGAGGCAGCCGACGCCACGGCGGCCGACGCCGCCCUGGCGGCCGACGCCGCCCUGGCGGCCGACGCCACUGCCAGCGCCCUGUCGCAGAGAGAGGACAUCCCCGUCUUCAUCAGCCGCCGGCGCCGCCACAACAAGCCGCGGACACUGCAGGUCAACGGCAACGCCGUGAAGGUCAAGACCAAGACCAGGCCCCCUGGCAAGAAGCACAACACCACGGCCGAAGCGGCGGCCGCCGCCGCGCAGGAGGCUGGGGCCCCGCUGGCCUCCGCCGCUGCGUCGAGCAAGCAGGAGCAAGUCGCCAUCCUGGGCAUCUGCGUGGGCAUCCCGUGCCUCUCGUUCCUCGUAGUGUUCCUGGUUACCGUCUCCAGCUACUACCGCAGUAGAAGCUACAAGAUGGAGGCGCCGCCGUCCGCCCCGGCGGCCGCCUCGCCCAGCGACGCGCACGUGCCCCGCUUCGCGAGGCCGUCGACCGACCCUGGCGUGAUCCAGCGCCUGGUCUUCGGCUCCGAGAUGAACAAGAAGUUCGCCAAGCUGGCCGACGCCUCCCUGCGCGCCUCCGUGGUCGUGGGGCUCUGCGCGAUGUGCUUCUGGACUCCUUCGCUGACGUGGUUGACCAACCAGGGCUGGAGCAUGCAGUUCGCGGUCGUAGUCUUCUCUUUCACCUGGGCCUCGAAGACCGGGGACGUCAUGAUGUUCUGUUGGUACACGUACGUCGGCAUCUUCAGCGGCAUCAUCAGCGGCCUGUCCAUGUUCGCCGUGUUCCCCGACGGCGUCACCGAGCUGAACCCGCGCGUGCCCGUCUACUUCGCCAUCGUCCACUUCACGUUCACGUCCAUGUUCUUCUGCCUGCUGAACUGGAGAACGCUGUGCCGCCUCUGGUCGCUCUACCUCGGGGCCUACUUCACCAUGUCCUUCCUGAACCCGCAGAGCUCCACCCACAUCGCCCGCAGCUUCUCCGAGAUCGCUUUCAAGGACGGGCUCAUCGCGCCGCUGAUCGGCACCAUGGUAGGAUGUUGCAUGUCGCUGUUCACAUCGUUGGUCCCCUACCCGCUGCUGGCCUUCGGCGAGGCACAGGACCUGGCCCUGGAGGUGGCAUGGGCGCUUGGGAACCAGUGGGACCAGACGGUCUCCUACUACACUGGCGGCUCGUCCAGCCUGGAGGGCGAGGUGAUCGCAGGCACAACUGGGCGGCUGAGCGACACCAUCUCGAGCCUCGAGGCCUGCGUGCAGUGCUCCUGGUGGGAGUGCUUCGAUCUCGGCCGCCCAGGGCGCGUCCGCACACACCUCGCGCGGUUAGGCACGACGUACUGGUACUUGCACGACUGGCUUCACGCUGCCACCAUGGCGGCCCAUCAGGAAGCUUCCAGAAGGUCUGACGCCGAGACAUUGCGGUACCUCCGGCCGCACCUCCACCGGCUCAGCAGUUGCGCCUGGCAGGUGCUGCAGCACGCGGUGCGCCUGGCGGUGAGCAGCGAGAUCGACCAGAAGGAGGCCGCCUGCCUGCACGACGAGGUGGAGGAGCUCGAGAGGGCGCAGGCGGAGCUGGCGGCGGCCUUCCGCGACGCGGAAGGGGCCGGCAGCGGCGAGGACGGGCUUCCGUCAGGCGCGCUGAGCGACCACGCGCUCUGCCUCUCCAUCAAGUCCUACGGCACGGGCGUCGCGGAGUACGCGAAGUACAUGCUGGAGGUGGCUGGCGUCCCGAAGCUGGGCAAGGUGGUGGAGAAGCCGGACGCCCUGCCAGACGCGGCCAUGCUAGAGUUCAUCCAGAGGUCCGCCCGCGGCAUCAGCGUCAGCGAGGCGAGCCGUGCUGGCCUUGCAGAUUGGCUGGACGGCAAGGUUCUCCUGAGAUGGGACCACAUCAGGAACGCCUUGAGAAUGCUCAUGUGCUACACCUUCGCGUUCUGCAUUGGUCGGAUUGGAGUUCCAGGCAUCAUCACAGGCUACAGGCAUGUCUUUCCAAUUUUGCUGACCGUUACUCCACAUGGAUAG